AUGACCUCAUUCAGGAUAAUGCCUUUUGUUUUUUGCGCCUCCCUCUGGCAGCCUUAAGAGUUUCUAGACCCGGCCUAACAACGGCACCUUAACUACAACUAGUAACCCGUGGACUACUGCAACGGCACCACGCCGCUCCCUCGGCACCUAGGCAAGGAUCCACGCGCCCCGCGCCUCAGAGAUUCACAGCAAACAUCAGGACGGUCGCUUCGAAGCUGCAGCACAUUUUUCUCCGUCAGAACAUCUCACAGAAGACCAGACGCGUACAAUGGCCCAUGAGGAACAAAUCAGCAGCGCCGCUGACCCACAGCCGGUGCCCAAAGCGGACGUUACGGGGUCUGAUGGCGGCCAUCUGGACGAGACGAAGCUCGAGAAGUUCUUCAUCGGCUCCAUAGACCAGGGCACGACCAGUACCAGGUUCAUCAUCUUCGAUGGCGUCGGCCAUCCUGUGGCUUCGCACCAGGUUGAGUUCACCCAGAUGUACCCUGAAUCGGGAUGGCAUGAGCACAAUCCACGGGACAUCAUUGAGUCUGUUCACGACUGCAUAGAGAAUGCAACCAAGUCGUUCAUCCAACAAGGCCACGAGAUUUCCGAUAUCAAAGCCAUCGGGAUCACCAACCAACGCGAGACUACCGUGGUUUGGGACACGAAGACUGGCGAGCCCCUCCAUAAUGCUAUCGCCUGGCCUGAUACCAGAACCAAGGGGAUGGUGCGCGACCUCAAAGAGCGAGAUGGCGCCGAAGAUCUGCUGCAGAUAUGUGGCCUUCCUCUGUCAACAUAUCCCUCAUCCGUGAAGUUACUAUGGCUUCUCCGGAACGUAGAAUCUGUCCAGAAGGCGUAUGACGAGGGUCGAUUGUCGUUUGGGACUAUGGAUACCUGGAUACUCUGGAAUCUGAACGGCGGAUUGGAGAAGGACGUUUUCGUCACUGACUCAACGAAUGCCUCUAGAACCAUGUUCAUGAAUCUACAUACUGUUCAAUACGACGAUACUCUUUUGGAUUUUUUCGGUCUAGAUACGACCAAGAUACGGCUACCCAAGAUUGUGCCCUCUUCUUGUCCAGAUUCCUUUGGUUCUAUGGCUUCUGGUGCUCUCAAAAAUAUCCGUAUCACAGGCUGCUUGGGUGACCAGUCUGCUGCUCUCGUUGGCCAACAAGGUUUCAGUCCUGGCUGUGCGAAGAACACAUACGGCACCGGUUGUUUCCUCUUGUACAACGUUGGGGACAAACCAGUGAUAUCGAAACACGGGCUGCUUGCUACUGUCGCGUACCAAUUCGGACAGAAACCGAUAUACGCACUAGAAGGGAGUAUUGCCGUCGCUGGAAGUGGGGUUAAAUUCCUCAUGAACAACAUGGGCUUUAUUACCCAAUCAGACAAGAUUAGUGACCUCGCAGCGUCCGUCGAGGAUAAUGGAGGUUGCGUGUUUGUCACUGCUUUCAGUGGCCUGUUCGCGCCCUAUUGGAUUGAUGAUGCGAAAGGGACGAUCUUCGGCAUAACGCAGCAUACAGAACGCGGGCACAUUGCCCGGGCCACCCUAGAGGCCACAUGCUUCCAGACGAAAGCCAUCUUGGAUGCCAUGGAGCGGGACAGCGGUCAUAAACUUGCCGAGCUCGCCGUGGACGGGGGUAUGAGUAACUCGAAUCUAUGCAUGCAAACGCAAGCAGACAUCAUCGGCAUUCCAGUUGACCGACCAGCCAUGCGCGAGACGACUUCUCUGGGCGCAGCGAUCGCGGCCGGCUUCGCGGUCGACAUCUGGAAAGAAUUCGACGAACUCAAGGAGAUCAAUCAGAAAGACCGCAUGAUUUUCCAGUCAAAUAUGUCCAAGGAAGAGAGUGCUAAGAUGUUCAAAAAGUGGGGACGCGCUGUGGAGAUGUGUCGUGGUUGGCUUGAUUCUGACGAGUCGAACGGGGACUUUUGAUACUUGCGCAUGUUAUACCUCGAUGUCGACGCUUGCCUUAUCUCGGAUUGUGUCCUAGUUGCCGAUAUCUUCACCUGAGUUAAGGGCGUUUCAGUGCCGAUGACCGAGUUCGGUUGCGUCAUUCUCCUUUCUUACGCUACGCACCAAAAUUUCAAACUCACAUGCUUUCGCAUAUUU